GUAAACCUGAAGGUUGUAGCAAUUUCGAAUUGUCACACUCGUGUGGUUUCUGGUCUGAUGUCUUGUAAACGUGUUCUGUUGUACGGCGGUCGUGGGUGUUUAGGAUCUGUUUGCGUCAAACAUUUUAAAAAUAAAGGUUAUGUAAGUCACAUGAUUUUGUAACCAUUAGUGGGUUUGCUCUGUCGAUUUCCAAGAGAACUCUGAUGCUGAUGAAAAUAUUGUUAUUGAAGUUUCGGAAAGCAGUUCUACUCAGGAAAGAAUGGUGAAGAAUGGUUUAGAUACGUUUCUAAGCGGUCAAAAAGUUGAUGGAAUAUUCUGUGUUGCAGGUGGAUGGGUCGGUGGGAGUGCUGCUAGCCGUGACUUCUUGGAAAACUGUGAUGCAAUGUGGAAAAAGUGCGUUUGGUCUUCAUCUAUUGCUGCAUCAUUGGCGUCAAAGUAUCUUUUGGCCAGUGGCCUAUUAGUCCUUACCGGCGCACAUGCUGCUUUACAAGCCACUCCAACUAUGUUGGGUUAUGGCAUGGCUAAGGCUGCAGUACAUCAGCUUACAAAAAGUUUGGCAGGUCAAAACAGUGGACUUCCGAAUGGUUCUUGUGUGCUUGCUAUCUCGCCAGCAACUUUGGACACUCCAAUGAACAGAAAGUGGAUGCCUAAUGCCAAUUAUUCGUCUUGGACUCCUACAGAAAAAGUCGCAGAAUUAUUUGCUACAUGGUUGGAAGAAGCUAACAAUCGUCCUAAAUCUGGAAGUAUCGUUCAGUUAAUCACACAAAAUGGUAUAACAGAAUGUGUUCCAGUUUAAUUCGAAUAUAAGGAUCUCUUACGUCAAUUUCUAAGUCAUAAUCCUAACUACUAUUUCCACCGUUUAAUUUACCAAGUGUUCGAAAAUCCUUAUUUGGUUUCCUUUGCCUCAAUGGAAUUAAAUUGCACCAAUACUAAAUACAUUAUUACUAUUGAUUACGGUUUAACUUUUUCUUGGCUGAACAUGAUUCAUCAGUUCCAUAUUUAAUUAUCAGUGUACAACGAAAAAAACAAAGUGAAACUGUCAAAUAAAUUUUAAGUGUUUCUUGAAA